AUGAACUACGUCAACCUUUCAAUGGUAGGACCUCAUUGGGCAGAGGCAUUAAACAAGCUUCCAUUUUUAAUAGAGUUGCAUCUACAUGACUGUGGGCUGUUUGGUUCAGUUUCAUCUCCGAGCUCUAUUAAUCUUACCUCACUCUCUGUCAUAAGAAUCAGUGACAACUUCUUGAAUUCAAAAUUUCCAAUAUGGCUUCUAAACCUUAGCAGCCUUGUAUCCAUUGAUGUAAGCUAUAAUAAGUUAUACGGGCAGAUUUCACCAAGCUUUGGUGAAUUACCUAACUUGCAGCACUUGGAUCUAUCUUGGAACAUGAAUCUCACAGGUAGUUGCUCUCAAAUGCUAAGGGGAAGUUGGAAGAAGAUAGAAGCUCUGAAUUUGGCAGGAAACAACUUUCUUGGUACAAUCCCAAGCUCUAUUGGGAGUUUUUGCAACUUAAAAUACUUGAAUAUGAGUUACAAUGCCUUGACAGGAAGCUUACCUGAAUUUCUCAAAGAGACCAAAAACUGCAGUUCUGACGGUCUUUUACCAGAACUGUUGUAUUUGGACUUGUCCUACAAUCAACUAAAUGGCAGAUUGCCAGAAUGGUUGAGUCAGCUGGAAAAACUUACUACUCUCAGUCUAUAUUAUAUGUGGCUUGGAAGGAAUGAACUUAAUGGGAGUCUCCCAGUCAGCUUUGGACAACUCUCUGAAUUGGUUCUCUUGGAAGUUACUGAAAAUCACUUGACUGGAAUUCUUUCUGAAGAACACUUUUCAAAGUCAAGUAAGUUGAAGGUUUUGUGGAUGGAUGGAAAUUCUGGUCUCAUUUUGAAUGUUAGUUCCACCUGGGUCCCUCCAUUCCAAAUCACUUAUCUUGAUCUAAGUUCAUGCAAUUUAGGUCCCUCAUUUCCGACUUGGCUCAAGUUUCAAAAGGAGGCCAUCACUCUCGGUCUGUCAAAUGCUAGCAUCUCAGGUUCCAUCCCAAAUUGGUUUUGGAAUAUUUCUCAUCAACUAUGGUUUUUAAGUCUUUCUUUCAACCAGUUACAGGGUCAGUUACCAAAUCAGUUAAAUAUGACCCUUGGGGCAUCUAUUGAUUUCAGCUCCAACCUCUUUGAGGGUCCAAUUCCUCUACCAAAAUCUGGGUGCCUCUCACUUGAUCUAUCCAACAAUAAAUUUUCUGGUCCUAUCCCAGCCAAGAUCGGUGAAUCCAUGCCACACUUGCGCUUCCUUUUUCUUUCAGGCAACCAAAUAACAGGAAUCAUCCCUGAGUCUAUAGGAUAUAUGCAGAGUCUUCGGAUCAUUGAUCUUUCAAGGAAUAGUUUGACAGGAAGCAUUCCUUCAACCAUAAGUAAUUGCCCUCACCUAAGCAUGCUACACCUUGGAAAGAACAAUUUAUCUGGGACUAUUCCAAAAUCUUUUGGUAAGUUAGAAUGGCUUCAAUCACUUCACCUAGACAAGAACAAUCUGUCAGGAGAACUUCCUUCGUCUUUCCGAUACCUGUUGAGUUUGGAAAUCCUUGAUCUCAGUUACAACUCAUUAUCGGGUAAUAUUCCAGCAUGGAUUGGAGCUGCUUUCACAUCCCUUAGAAUUCUUAAGUUGAGGUCCAAUAAAUUUUCAGGAGGGCUUCUUUUUGAGCUGUCAAAUUUAAGUUCAUUGCAUAUCUUAGACCUUGCUGAAAACAAUUUGAGUGGUAGCAUUCCAGCCUGUUUGGGUGAUCUUAAAGCAAUGGCUCAAAAGCAAAAUAUAAGUCGCUAUACACUCGGAGUCUCUUAUACAAGGCGAGUUUAUGAUGAUAGUUUGAUCGUGACUGCAAAAGGCCAAGAUCUGGAAUAUAUCAAGACUCUUUCUCUCAUAAUUAGCAUAGAUCUAUCCAGCAACAACUUUGGUGGAGAGUUUCCAAAAGACGUAACAAAGUUAUAUGGUUUAAUGAUUCUCAACUUGUCAAGAAACCAUAUUAAUGGCUCGAUUCCGGAAAACAUCUCAGGGUUACAUGAAUUGUCAUCUCUUGAUCUAUCAAGUAACACUCUUUAUGGUCUCAUUCCUUGGAGCAUGUCUUUAUUAACAUUUUUGAGUUAUUUGAAUCUAUCAAAUAAUAAUUUCUCUGGCAAGAUCCCCUUUACAGGACAAAUGACAACUUUUAGUGAGUCUGCCUAUGUUGGAAACCCUCAUCUUUGUGGACCUCCACUUGUUGCUAAAUGCCAAGGUGAUGAUUUAGAUAAGGGGCAAGGUAUUGUUGAAGAUGAAAAUGAUGAUGACUCCAUUGAUCAGUGGUUUUACUUCAGUAUCGGGCUUGGAUUUGCUUUGGGUAUUUUAGGUCCAUAUUUUGUUUUAGCAAUCAAGAAAUCUUGGUGUGAAGCCUACUUCAGUAUUGUGGAUAAAAUUGUCUAUAGAUCAUUAUGCUUGAAAAGAGGAAGAGCAUUACAUGGUAGAAAUCAUUAGACAGAAGUAAUAUUAUUUGUAAUUUUGGGUAUACUUAAUUGUAUAAUUA